UAGUGUGACCGUUAGACAAUUACUCGCUUCACUUUUCAAAUACUGCCGCUUUUUUGUGUCUGUUUUGCGAAUUUGCUUCAAAAAUGUCGGCUUCUGCGAAUUUGGCAAACGUUUACGCGGAGCUAUCACGACGGUGCGGCGAGUCGUACACGAUCACCUAUGGAGCACCACCCACCUACUUGGUGAGCACGGUGGGAGCUGCAGAGGCUGGCAAGAAGAUUGUGCUGGUUUUCAAGGAGGAUCGCAAUGGUGCAGUGUCCAGAAUCCGGACCACGCCCACCAGGGCGGCCCCAAAGAAAGAGGGCUCUGUGGACUUGGAUCUGACGGGGAGUCCGUUAAAGGACGACUGCCUGGUGGACGCCAUAGCCGACUUGUCCAUCGACCUGCAGCUGGACAACUCGAAUCCCUGGAAGCUGGAGGAGGAGUACCAGCGUGGGAUACCCGUGAACAAGGCCAGGUCCAUUGUGUGCUCCGAGUUCCUGCAGCUCGCUGAAGGACUCGGAUCCGUGUGGUUUCUGUGCGACGGCAGCGAUCCUGGGCAGACUCAGUUGCUCCAGUAUGAGUUCAACCCCACGCACUUCUCCAGGGGAAUCCUAAGCUACCAGGGAGUGCACCCUGCUUACUUGGUAACCUCGCAGUCCCUGGUGCGCCAACAUGGCAAGACUCCGGUUGAAACCUUAAUCGAAAACAGCUACCAGGUUAAUCCCCAUAUGAAACUGCGCUGCUCCUGGACCUCUAGUGCCGCACUGCCCCUCCUGGUGAACCUAAACGACUGCGAUGUGGCAUUGAAUCACACAUUUCGCGUGGGCGACUGCAGCCCUUUGACGCAGGAUUUCAUGAACCAGCUGCGCAUCCUGGUCUUUAUACGCGAGGACAUCGUCUCCUACCACACGGACGCCAAGCAGGGCGUCUCACGGGACCCCACUUAUCGUUGUGGCAGUGGGAUUGACAUGGACGAGCUGCGCGAGUCCAUUAAUCAGACAAUGACAGAUGUCUCCGGCCUUAUAGGUCGCUAUAGCAUAAGCAAUGCGGAGUUCGACAUUGAAGAUGUGGUGCAGAGGGCCAAGGUGCGCCAGCUCACGGAUCUGACCGAUAAGCUUUGGGAGCUGCUCAAGUGCUGCCACUCCUACAAGGAUCUUAAAAUGGCCUUUAGCAUGCUCUUCCAAUGUGCUGCACGCUGUAACAUAGUAAACACGCCUACCAACAAAAAUCGACUAGCCAAGAUUAUCACCGAGUUGGCCAAUCGUCGUCUGGCCAUGCCCUGUUUAAGUGGGGCCGAACCUUUGGAGCUGCUUUUGGAGAUUGGCCUCGAGAAGUUGUACAAGGACUACGAAUUUAUCUACACCGAGAGCAAGAUGUGCAGCACCAAUCUUCUGAAGGAGUACACGAGCGAAGCAACGAUAGACGAUGCCACCCCACAGAAUCUGCCUCAACUUCGAAAAUCACUGCAUAAUGCGGUCAGAGGGGAUCCGACCCCAGGAGCAGGAAUGCGGAAGACGCUGCUGCAUAACCACGGCAAUGCCAAUUCGCGGAAUACAAAAUAUGCCGGUAACGACGAUGAUGCCGGGUUCAAAAACAGCCAUUUCGACGAGCACGAGAGUACGGAGAGAAUCUCCAAGUUGUUUCAGAUUCACUGCACUUUGGAGCAUCUGCUGAUGAUGCACAUCCACUUAAAUCUGGCCAACGUUUACAACGAUGUCUGUUCCGAGCUGCUAAAGAAACCGCCUAAAUUAGUAGAAUCCAUCGAUGAUCAGCUAAGUGACGUAAUGGACAUUCGCCUGUCUGCCCACUAUGUCAGGGAUCACUUGGAUGGUAAGGAUCCCUACUCCCGGCACAUUUCCAUGCGUUCGUACAACAAGUUCCGCGAACUCAAGACCACCUUCUAUUUCGAUUCGGAAAACAUUUGUCCGCCCAACUUGGCUCAGUGUUUCCAGUGCGAUGACAAGGAGAUGGUCAAGGAGCGCACUUAUCAUUCCUGGAUAUAUCGCAAGAUUCGCUCACUUAAGUAAGGCUUGCAUAGUCAUACAAAAUUGUAAAUUUUUUUAAUUUAAGCAUAGCUAAUAACUGUUUGAAACUGUUUUUUUAACUUUGUAAUGAUUUCUUUAAUUUAUAUCUGCCUUUUGAUUUGAUAGUCUUUCUAAGCACUCAGCUCAAUUAGCUUUUGAGAUAUGUUUAAAUUGUUAAAUUGUUUCAAACAUUCAAAUUUUAUUAAAUGCCCCUAGCCAUAA